GCGGCGGCUCCCUCCCAACCUCCCCCUCCCCUCCCCUCACUCCCCUUCCCCUUCCCCACCCCGCCCCGCCGGGAAAACGCGAGCCGUCGCCGCGCUCCCCAAACCGCCGCCUGCCCUCGGCCAACCGCCCCCAACGGCCGCCCGCGCGCGGCUCGCCGGGCCCCCUCGCUCCUCCCCUCAGGCCCCCGGAGCUCUCCCCUCCCGCCGCCUCGCACUUUCCCACCUCGCAGGCACGCCGCUGCUCGGGGCCGCCAUGCCCCUGCCGCAGGCUGUCCACGGGCCUAGGCGCGGCGGCCCGAGAUAGGGUCUCCUCCGCCUCCCGGGGGAGGAGAGAGGGAGCGGGCCGCGCGCUCCGCCCCCUCCCCCCGGGCUGCCGCCGCCACCGCCGCCACCACCCCUUCGCCGCCUCAGCCUGGCGGGGAGGAGGAGGAGGAGGAGCAGCAGCAGGCCUCCGGGCCCUGGCACCGCCGCCCGCAGGACAUUUCUGAGUCAUUUGCAUCCUUGAAGAGCAUCGGUAGAAGAGGAAGGAAAAGAUGGGUGUGAAAACAUUUACUCAUAGCUCCUCUUCCCACAGCCAGGAAAUGCUUGGAAAGCUAAAUAUGCUUCGAAAUGAUGGACAUUUUUGUGAUAUCACUAUUCGUGUCCAGGACAAAAUCUUCCGGGCACAUAAGGUGGUACUAGCAGCUUGCAGUGAUUUCUUUCGCACCAAACUUGUAGGCCAAGCAGAGGAUGAGAACAAGAAUGUGUUGGACUUGCAUCAUGUUACAGUGACUGGCUUUAUACCCCUUUUAGAAUAUGCUUACACAGCCACUCUGUCAAUUAACACAGAAAAUAUCAUUGAUGUUCUAGCUGCAGCCAGCUAUAUGCAAAUGUUCAGUGUUGCUAGCACCUGCUCAGAGUUCAUGAAAUCAAGCAUUUUAUGGAAUACACCCAACAGCCAACCAGAAAAGGGUCUAGAUGCUGGACAAGAAAAUAACUCUAACUGCAAUUUUACGUCUCGAGAUGGAAGCAUUUCUCCAGUGUCUUCAGAGUGCAGUGUGGUAGAAAGAACCAUUCCUGUUUGCCGAGAGUCGAGGAGAAAGCGCAAAAGCUACAUUGUUAUGUCUCCUGAAAGUCCUGUAAAGUGUAGCACACAAACAAGUUCUCCACAGGUAUUGAAUUCUUCAGCUUCCUACUCAGAAAAUAGAAAUCAACCAGUUGACUCUUCUCUAGCUUUUCCCUGGACUUUUCCUUUUGGAAUUGAUCGAAGGAUUCAGCCUGAUAAGCUUAAGCAAGCAGAAAAUACCCGGACUUUAGAAUUACCUGGCCCAUCUGAGACAGGUAGAAGAAUGGCUGAUUAUGUGACUUGUGAGAGCACAAAAACUACCUUACCUCUGGGUACCGAGGAAGAUGUCCGGGUCAAAGUAGAAAGGUUAAGUGAUGAGGAGGUCCAUGAGGAAGUAUCCCAGCCUGUCAGUGCAUCUCAGAGUUCACUGAGUGAUCAGCAGACAGUGCCAGGAAGUGAACAAGUCCAAGAGGACCUUCUGAUUAGUCCACAGUCUUCCUCUAUAGGUUCAGUAGAUGAAGGCGUCACUGAAGGGCUACCUACACUUCAGAGCACUUCUAGCACCAGUGCUCACGCAGACGAUGACGAUCGAUUGGAAAAUGUUCAGUAUCCCUACCAACUCUACAUUGCUCCUUCCACCAGCAGCACAGAACGGCCAAGUCCAAAUGGUCCCGAUAGACCUUUUCAGUGUCCAACAUGCGGGGUGCGAUUCACCCGUAUUCAGAACCUGAAACAGCACAUGCUCAUCCACUCAGGAAUUAAACCAUUUCAGUGUGACCGAUGUGGGAAAAAGUUCACCAGGGCUUACUCGCUAAAGAUGCAUCGCCUAAAGCAUGAAGGUAAACGCUGUUUCCGGUGCCAGAUAUGUAGUGCCACUUUCACUUCCUUCGGGGAAUAUAAACACCACAUGAGGGUUUCCCGGCACAUUAUCCGCAAGCCUCGGAUUUACGAGUGCAAAACAUGUGGCGCCAUGUUCACCAACUCUGGAAAUUUAAUCGUGCACCUGAGGAGUCUGAACCAUGAAGCGUCAGAGCUAGCAAACUACUUCCAGAGCAGUGAUUUCCUAGUACCGGACUACUUAAACCAGGAGCAAGAAGAGACCCUUGUUCAAUAUGAUCUUGGAGAACACAGUUUUGAAAACAACUCCUCUGUUCAGAUGCCUGUAAUUUCACAGGUCUCCUCGACCCAGAAUUGUGAAAGCACUUUUCCCUUGGGGUCUCUUGGUGGGCUGACAGAAAAAGAGGAGGAAAUGCCAGGGCAGCCAAAGACCAGUGCUUGUGCCGAGGCAACCAGAGAGGACCCCCCAAAAUCAGAGCUGUCUUCUGUAACUAUUGAGUAAUUUCAUGGUUUGGCUUCAUUUUUGAUUUUUGGAAAGUGCCUGUGCUUGGUCUUGUACAUUUGAAUUUAAUUUAACUUUUUAAGCAAAAAAGGGUUUGGGAAAGAAUUUCCCUUUUUACUUUGUAAGUUCUGCAACUGAUGUUUUAUUUUUCAUGACUGAGAGAUUGCUUCUGUAAGUGCACAAUAACAUGGUGUUGAAAUAUAAUAGAAACCUUGAGACAUAAGGAGAACCAGUUGACUUAAAACUUGUAUCAGUUUCCUCUUGCAUUAUCAGGAGUAGGCUAACAACAGAUCAUUAGGUCAAGAAGAAAUCAGAUGAUUAUUGACCUUCCUGAAAUGAAAGCGUACACCAGAAACAUAUUACUGAACGAAUCUGGCAAAUGGCCUGAAUAGAUGUUUACUCCUAUACACAGGAUAUUGUACAGUCUUUUGUAAAGCCUGUUGCUUUUGGAAGUAUUUAUGGUGAGCUUUCUUAAAAAUUAUUAGGGUAUAUACUUCUGAAAUCCCACAUGUUUUGUUUUGUUUUGUUUUUUAAGCUUUGUCACUAUAAUUUUUCAUGGUGAAAAUUUGGUAUUGGGAUAGGUAUUCCCUGUACCUUUAUAGUACCUCUCCUCCAAAUAAUCUUUCUUCUGUGAAAGAAGGCGAAGAACCACGGUUAAGGAUAGUCAACUUGUGCAUGAAAUGACCAGGAACAGAGAAUAUAGUAUGUGAAUCUCGGCUUCAUAGGAACUCUUUCAUACUGCUUUUCUGGAUAAAAUUAUUGUUUACCUGGUCUUUGAAUGUUAAUGCCUGGCUAAUUGGGUCAUUGCCUAAAUCAGUUUUCUCUUGCCUAUACUUGGCAUGAUCCCAUGAAAAGGAGAUAUACUGGAGAUGUUCUAUAUUUUAUACAUAGGUUUGUGUAUUGUUGAGGAUGUUUUUAUUCUGCUGUUUUGGACAAAAUAAAGAAUUCUCUGUUAAGGCUAUAUUCUUAACCCAACUGCGAUUGUUUACAAAAUACCCAUAUGACAGUGAUAAAUUGUCCUUAUUCCAAAAUAGUUUAAGACAUUGCCAAAUGUCAUAUUAAAAGCAGUUAGGAUAGUUUUUACGCAAUGUAAGCAAUAAUGUAGAAGUAGAGGAGAGUCUAUAAAAUGAUGAUCUAUGACUCAAAUCUAUUUGGGGAAAAAAAAAAGAAUUGUUAAGACUAAAGAAAAACUAAAAACCUUAAAUUAAUGACUAUUACCUCUUGCUGCUAAAAAAAGAAAAGAAAAGAAAGAAACUUCAUGGUUUAUAGUUGAAAUAUAUAUGAUACUCUAGACUGGAAUAUACGUUUUUACCUGGUGCCAUUAAAGCAUCACUGACCUUGAUCCUAAAUAUUCAUGAGUCCAUGAACAAUGAUCUUUUGAGUAACUCUUUUUUUCUAUGUAUAUACCCAAAGUUUAAUAAUUAUGAAAACACCUGAUUAGGUUAGAAAAAGAAAAGACAGUUUCUUAUUCAAAACACAAGAUCUCAGUUUUGUCUGGGUGCUAGUUGUUAAUAAUAAAAUUUUUCUAAGUUAUAGUGAUUUGUUUCAUUUUUUUUUAAUUGGCUAAUUCUAUAACUUCUUUUAUCCCCUACAAAUGUAAAGGAAGGGAAAGUGAACUCAUUGAAGACUUUUUUUAGGCUAAUGUUCUUUCUGUCUGUUUGAAUAUUCUGCUGUUUUUAACUUGUUUCCAACUCCUUUUCUCACUCAUGAACCUGUUGUUUCCUCUUUGCUCCCAAACAUAGGUAUAGUACCUUCAGGAAAAUCAACAUAUACAGAUUAUGAUGGCCUUCCAUUAUUUAUGCUUCUUUACUAAUAGGUUGAAUUACUUUCUUCAACAGACUGUGAUACUAAUAGCGGUACUGCUGUGUCUCAACUGGAAAGGUCAGGAAUUUGUAUUUUUAAUGUAAUAUAGAUUCUUUGGAAACUGUUAUGCCUACCAGUAGAUAAAUCUCAAAAGUUAAUUUUAAAAUCUUAAUGGAGAAGACAAAGAAUCGGUAAAAUUAUGACCAGGAGUCAUUGUUGCCCUCAGUUCUAAGAGUUAUUUUUUUAAAAAAGAAGAAGAAGAAGGAAGGAAGAAAAGGAGGAAAGAAGUAGGGUUAAUGAGAAGAAAUAUAUCAGAACCAUUUGGAGAUUUGUUGGUUGAAAGUGUUUUAGCACACCCCUUGUCCUGAGAAUUUUGUAUUAAGAGAGUCCUACACAGUUUUGGCAGCUCUGAGGUGUUCUGUGUUCUCAGAAUGUAGGAUUACCACCAUCACUGGCUAUGUUUUCCCAGAUGGAAACUUUAGAUUUUCAUUGGUAAUUACAAAUUAUACAGAUUUCCCAGUUUUAUGAAACAUUUGAAUCUACAGUGAAAAUGCCGAUUGUUGGUUGUCUGCUCCCCAAAUCGUAUCAAUACAGGUAACUAACUAGUACUUAACGUGUGAUAUAAACAGAGUCCUUUUUUUUCUAUUUCAGUGAGGCUCUACAUUUUUCUUGAUACACAGUUUAAGGAUACUUAGCUUAUGGAUCUGUUUUAGGAAACUAAGCUAUGAGGGAUAAUUGUAUAUAGUGCUAUUUAGAUUUAUUUAAAAUUCCUCUAAGAGAAGGAUGCCUGGAUGUAUAAUUUUUACCAGAAUAUAUGGAAAACAUUGCAAAGAGAUGAAAGCCAGUUAUAUUAUCUCAUCCAUUAGAAAUUACCAGCAUAACUAAACAUAAAAAAAAUUCCAGUUUAGAAUACUUUAGCAUAGCUAUCUUUCUGAAAGGCCCAAGGGGGUAACUUUGUUAAAGGGCUUAAAUUUUAGGAUGCAAGAUAAAUUGCCUUUUUAAACCAAGUAUUUUAUAUAAGAAAAGCAUUUAUUUUUCAUUUUAAAGCUACCAAAUAGGUAUGAUAUACAUACUUUAGAAAUGAGCAAAGAUGUUUGCUGUGAUACUGGAUAUUACAGCUCCUGCAGUCAUUCUUUCCAUUUUUAAGGGUAUAUUCUAACAGCGGGAGCAUCUAGCAUGUCAGUGAUUGUACUAAUUCAGAAACAAAAGCAUUAAUACUUGUUUUCAUUUUUUUGAAUUUUAAGUUCGAGAAAGGGAUGCAGAUGGAGGUUAUCACCCACAAAUGUAUUUAAAUGGAUAUUUCUUACUUUGAAUUUAAAGUAACUUUCUUAAUUUUCAUUUUAAAUAAUUAGUUAUAUAUUUAGUUACAUUGCCAGUUUUUAAAGUUCUCACUUUCAGUGAGGCAAAAGUGUACUAAAAUGUUUAAAUAGCUUCAUUCAUUCUUACAUUUUAACAUUUCAGCAACCAUUCUGGCUUACAGAACUUACAUUCUGGUUCCAUGUUAUGACACAUGCCCUUUGGUUUUAAAAACAAAAGAACUUCCAUUUUGUUAAAAUAUGUUCCCAAGUGGAAUGAACCAGCCCGCACAUCUAAUAUACUUAUCAUUGGUAACUCUGUUCCCUUCUGACUACUGAGCCAGUCUCUCCGGAUGUGUAAAUGGUUCCCUGGGAGCCUUUGGAAGUUGUAUGAAGUCUUUUUGGUCUUUUAUUUUAUCUCUUAUUAUUUUUUAUUCUCAUACUUAAUCUAAAUAGAGGCGAGUUAUCUAGCUUAGUGGCUUUUAUUUUGAAGAUUCUCAGAUCAUGGUUUAGUUUCUUUUAGCUUUGUAGCCCCUGAGAAAUACAUUACUUUAUAAGGUAUUGGCAGUUUGUACUAGUAUACCACAUGGAGAGAAUUAUUCUUAUUACUUGAUGAAUGAACAAUCCUAAAAUUAUAAUAUUGUACCUGAAAGGGCUUUGAGAUUUAAGGAAUUGAUGAAGAGAAUUAGAAACUCUGAAGCUCUGGAGUAUACAUCUAAGUGAGGGAGAAUAGUUUUCUAGUUACUAAUAUUAAUGGGGAGGGGAAAAACUAGUAAAGUUCACAUCUGGAAGCGACCCAAAGUUGCUAAAAGGUAGUAAAUGUGGUUUUCAGUGUAAGUUAUUGACAUAAAAUGAUUUAUUUAUAAUAUAUUUAGAUUUGGAAAGUUACUGAGAGAAGCAUGUAUACAAACAAGAUUUUCUUUUCUCAGUCAGUGGUACAGAAUGGGGGGUGCUCAGUUACAGUAACCAUGUCUAUGAGGGAUAUUUAGAGCUAAGCAUACUCCUCCAGGCUUCAGGCUCAGAUCGUCAAAAUUCAAGUUAUUCCAUAUUUUGCCUAUACCCAUUUUUAUCUUUCAGUGUCAUUUUUGUUUGACAACAUGUUGGUGACCAUAGGGUAUUUUUAUUUGGAAGGUCCUCAGCAAGACUAAUUUGCCAAAAGCAAUAAUGGUUCACAUUAACAAUGAAGUGGAUUUGAACCAAUUUCCAGGUUCAACUAAGGAGCAGACAGUCUAUGGGUGUUUCAUUUUUAGAUUAUAAAUAUGUUGAGAUUUAUUAAUGGGAAGUUAAGCCUAUGUCAGAUCAUGGGAUGAAGACUCUUAGUGACAUCAUAGUUGUACUUUUUUUUUAACUUCAUACUUGACACAGUUAGAUAUUUCUACUACAUCAUAGUGAUUAUAUUUUUAUGAUAAAAAAAAAAGUAAUAGUUCCAUAUCUUUACAAAUAGUCUCUGCAGAGAUGUCAGGCGAUGAUGUUACUGGCAUCUCAAUUUGGCAGUAUCCAAAAAUUGAGACUGCCUUCAAGUGUAUAUGCUACUUCGGUUAUAUAGCUCCCUCUGCAUAGGGGCCAGGCCAGUUCCAACUAAUACCAAGGUUUUUAUGUACAUAAUAGUUUUCGAAGAAUUUAAGGGUUCAGCCCAUUGGUUGAAAACAAAAAACUUUCUAAAAAAAUUUUUUAAAGACUUAAAAUUUUUAAAUUUCAGUUUGAAGUGCCUGGUUUAUAAAAUCUGAUUCUUUGAUGAUUGCCUUUCUCUUUUAAACUGACUGGUUUUGCUGAGUAAACUUAAAGCCCUAGGCUCAGUUGUAAUGAUUUAUUGAUAAAAUUGCUGCUUGAUGGUUUGAGGGCCUACAGUGUCAUGACUUUUAUUAAAUUGUCCCUUGUCCCUGUUUUCCCAAAUACCAGUCUAGCCAUAUCCAGAUUUCAUUAUUCAGUUAAACAGGUUUAAAAAUCAUCCUGUAAAUGAAUGUUCAGGUUACCAAAGUACAUCAUCUGCUGAGGAAGGAUCAGUCUUCCCUACAUUAAGAGGAACCGUCAUCUCUUCUAAACACAUGCUGUUUCCUUGGUAUUAGUGGAGGCUGUGUUCAUUUAAAGAUGGGAAGCCUUUCAUGCAGCUCCUAGAAACACCUGCUUUUUCUAGAAAGAACCUUUUCUAUGAUUAGGUUAUAAUUGUGUUUUCUCUGAGAGCUUUCUUUUAUUUCAGUUAUCAGUUUUCAAGUUGACAAAUGCUAUGUAAAGUCUCUCAUACUGAGAGCGGUCCAUUAAAUUACUGAAAGUUACACUGCUGUUCCUCUUUCAGGUACCUGAAAUGAAUGCCAUCAGGUGAUCAGGAGUAAGAUCAUAAACUAUUCAUUUUCUUCCUUAUACAAAGUGAUGGCUUCUAAUGCUUAUAUUUCAAGAUAUUUUUUAAAAAGACAACAGUCUCUCGUAGAGUAAAAUUUGAUUUCAGUCCAGGUCCCAAUAAUAUAUUUGAUUUUUCUGUUGUUGCUGGUGCCUCCUGUUGCAUCAGAUAGAGAUUGCCUGCCUCUUUGUAGGGCACCCUUGCGGCACCUUAUGUCCAAUUGGAAGAUAGCAUAUGGCUUCUUUGUGCCUCUGCUAUCUUUUCAAAAGCCAUUUUAUAAAAAUCCUAGGUAGCCUAUUUUAAUAUUUAAAUAUAUAUAUUUGUGAGAGAUACUUUUAGAACAGACUUUUUUUUUACUUUAAAUUUCCUGUAUUCCCAUUUUUAAGAGUAAAUGUAAACUUUCCAGGAUUUGAACUUGUCUUUUUCCACAGCAGCAUAAUGAACAAGUCGAUUUGAGACAAUAGACCAUAAUUCAGUGAUAGAAGAAAUUGAUGUCUGAUUAAAGGAAACAGAUGUGAAGGGAAAAAAAUUGUUUUGAUGUAACAGAAAUGAAUUUUUAAAUAAAAUUGUUUUAGUUUCUGUAAUUUUGUAUUUGCUGCUACAGUAGCUCAAUAUUUUACAGAGCUAACAUAUAAAUCCGGCUCCAUUCAAAAACUGGAGUACUUUCUAGUACCACCAGCCUAGGAGGAAGGUGUGUACGUACCACAGUCUUCCAGAUGGGUGACUGGCGGUCCUGUUUAGCUAAUGAAUGCAUGCUUUGAAAUUCGCCUAUAGCCCAACAUUGAGGAAGUUUGGGAGAAACUUUUAUCUUGCUAGUUAUAGCAUUAUGAUUCUUUUUGGGCACUGGCAUUUUGUGAAACCCUCAGGGGAGGGAAGGCGAUGCUGGGGAAGAAAUGUGAAUUAAAUUAUGUGGAAGGGUGUUGUCACGUCUUCUACCCUCUCCUAGAACCAGUACAACUUUCUUACCUGGGACAGGCCCAAGUUCACCAGCUUUGUAUCCAGUUGUCAUCUCCUUCAAGUUUGGCUUUACUUGGUUACAGUGGCCAUAGCUAAGUUAUUUGGCAUGUUUGACUUUCAACAGUAACAGAAAUGGUUUGGGAUUUUGUUUUAUUUCCUAAAAAUGUAUACAGUGUCGGAACUUCACAUUUUAUAUACUAGUAUCUGGCUAUUAGUACUUUACAGGAACCAUAGUUCUUGGUGACUACAUACAUAUAUAUAUUUUUGUGACUUUUUUGUAUACUAAGUGCCGUUUCAAUGUUACAAUCAUUUUUAGAGUUAUUGUAAUCACUGUGAAUAUCAUGUUUUUUCAAAUAUGUUCUGAGCCUAUAGUGUUUGCUUUGUGAAUAUAUGUGUAUCGUAUAUAUUCUGUAUAGUUACAUUGUACUGAAAUAUUAGCUUGUUUGAUAUAAGGAAAGUAUGUAUUGAGUACUUUUUGCUAGCCUGGUUGUUUAAUCUUUUUUUAAAAGGUUUAAACUUUUUAAAAAACAAAAGCAAAAACUUUAAACCAGCCUUUAUUACGUGGUCAGAAAUAACAUUGCAGUUAGAAGGGAUGGGCAGGGAAAAAAAUAGUUUUGAGUGUCUUUGAAUAGAAACAUAAGACUAAGGUUUGUUUGGUUUCCCCCCCACCGCCCCCCCCCCCCGACCCUUCAUUAAAAUAUCUUAUUAAUGCUU